CGCUAGGACCCGGCCUCUUCUCGCCGCGCGAGGUCCGGCCAUGGAAGACGAGCAUCCGAAGAGUGUGACGGUGAAGGCCAUAGAGGAAAACGACGUCGACGGCCUCGAGCUCAUCCUGGAGUCCGCCGCAGACGAAGCGGCGCUGCGGGCCAUUCUCGACGACGAGGACAAGGGGACGUGGUUCAGCCCUCUGCACCACGCCGCGAUCCACGCGAGGGUCAGAUGCGCCGAGAUGCUGUGCGAGAAGGGCGCGGACGUUAACAAGGAGGAUAUCAAGGGUCGCACGUGCCUGCACUUGGCGUGCGACGCGUACCGGGAGAACUCCGAGAGCAGCGACGACAUGCGGUUCGAGGAGAUCGUCAUCCAGCUGUGCAAGCGAGGCGCGGCGGGAAUCAAGGACAACGCCGGGAAGGCGCCGGACUGCGGCGAGAGCGCGUGCCUCGCGGUCUCCGCCGCGGUGGAUAGGGCGUGGCACGCGGGAGAGUCCAUCCGGGACGGGUUGGAGGCGAAGAGAAGGGCGCGGAGGAAGGCUAAGAUGGACGCGAUAUUCGCGGGGAAGCUGGCGUCGCACAUCAACAACGCGUCGGCGGCGGCCAUCACCGUCAUGGACACCGGAGAAAACGACGGGUACAAGUAUGGCAGCAGGGGUAACAACCCUUGAGACGGAAUAGAUGAAAUCAGCGCCGCGCUC